CGGAGGCCAAGGAGAGCGGGAGAGCGGGGCUGCCCGGGCGCUGCGCGCAUGCUGGUCCGGGGGCGCCGCCGGGGCUCGCGCCCUGGGCUGCUCGGCCGCCGCGGCCCCAGGCGCCCGGCAUGUCGGUGCACUACACUCUCAACCUGCGCGUCUUCUGGCCUCUGGUGACCGGCCUGUGCACCGCUCUCGUGUGCCUCUACCAUGUCCUGCGAGGAAGCUGGGUCGUCCGGGCCGAGCCCCCCGACGGCGCGGAUGGCGGCUUCCCGCUGCUCAAGGUGGCCGUCCUGCUCCUCCUCGGCUACAUCCUCCUGCGCUGUCGCCACGCUGUCCGGCAGCGCUUCCUGCCCGGGUCUCCCCGCGUGGGGGGCAACUCCGCCUUCUCCCCUAGACACUUCCGAGAGCCGAGCCUCGGCAUCUUGCUGGAGAGUUACUACGAGCACGAGGUGCGCCUGUCGCCGCACGUGCUGGGCCACAGCAAGGCGCACGUGAGCCGGAUCGUGGGCGAGCUGGUGCGGGCUGGCCGCGCUCGGGGGUCCCCAGGUCCCAUCCCUGGUGGAGCGCUGGCCUUGGCCUUCCGCGGAGACUUCAUCCAGGUGGGCAGCGCCUACGAGCAGCAUAAAAUCCGCCGGCCCGACGGCUUCGACGUGCUGGUGCCGCUGCGCCUCCCGCCGCUGGUGGCGCUGGAGCCGCGGAGCCUGGGCGCGGAGCCCGCGCUGUCCCCAGCCUUCCAUGGCUGCUUCGUGUGCGCGCUCAAGGCGCCCCCGGGGGCCUCUGGGAGCCAGUGGCUCCGGGACUGCAAAGCCUUCACCGACGGCUUCUGCGUGGACGUGCGCGGGCGGCGCCACCUCUCCGCCACGCUGGUGCUGCGCUGGUUCCAGUCGCACCUGCAACGCUCCCUGGCCACGGUGCGCUACAGCCUGGAGGGGCGUUGUCGCGUCAGCCUGACCCCAGGUGGCCUGGAGCAGCCUCCCACCCUGCACAUCCUGCCCUGCCGCACCGAUUACGGCUGCUGCCGCCUUUCCAUGGCCGUGCGUCUCAUCCCCGCCGUCCAUUUGGGCGACAGCGUCUUCCUCGUGGCACCGCCACCGCCACCCUCGCCCUUCGGGCCCCUUUUGGAGCUCCCGGGAGGCCUGCGUGCUGAUGCACUGUGGGGCGUGAACACAGCGCGCCAGGAGCAGAAGCUGCUGAGCUGGCUGCAGGAACGGGCCCCUCCAGGUGCCUGCUACCUCAAGUGCCUGCAGUUACUUAAAGCUCUGCGAGACCUGGGCGCCCGCGGGCUGGACCCGACGGCCGCCGCCCAGUGGGGACGCAUCCUGUCCUCGUACGUGCUCAAGACGGCGCUGCUGACGGUGCUGCUGCGCGAGGCGGCUCCGGCGCAGGGCUGGGACGAGGCGUACCUGGUUGAGCGCUUGGAUGAGUUAGUGCAGUUCCUUAGGGACUGUCUGCUGCGACGCCAUACGCUCUUCCACUGCGUCCUGGGCCCCGGCGGGGCGGCCGCCGAGGUGGGCCCACUGCCCAAGGUACUGCGUGAAGCCGCCCCAGUUAACCUCUUGGCCGCGUUCGACAGGCACGCCCGGGAAUUCGCGGCGGCGCGGCUGCUGUCCACGUGGCAAAGGCUGCCCCAGCUUCUCCGGGCCUAUGGGGGUCCCCGCUACCUUGCCAGGUGCCCCUCUCCCCGGAGUCAGCGCACCCAGGGGUUCCCUGAAGAUGAACCAUAAGCCCUGACAGCGCCCCCACCUGGCCUAAUGCUCCUAAUGCCUCGCCCACCGGGUGGGGGUGGGGAUGGCAGUGAAGCCAGUUGAACGCAAGGAAGAUGAGCUGCAGAAGGUGUUGGAAAAUUGAGGAUGACAUUCGGUAGCUUAAAUGUCACCUCUGGCUCCACAAUCCAGCAUGGUUAUGGCAUGUUGUUCUUCACGCCCACCAGGGUGUCCGGGCAAGCUACAGAAAGGCACCCAAUGGCAGCAGCUACCACUUGGUCCAAAAGUUGGUUUGUGUGGAAUGCUUCUGUGGAAUGAUCCUGCUUUUAGGGAAGCCCAGCAAAGGAAGCAAGAACUAGCUGCAAGACAAGUUCCCUCUGUCGAUUUUUAAGACACAGAUCUCUCUGGCCCCAAAAUUUAAAGAGGGGCAUUUUUUGAGGUAACUACUUGCUAGGUCCUGGGUUCCUGAUGGUCUUUAAAAAAAAAAUCUGAAUCUUUAUCUGCAACUGGAAUUGAAGUUCUAUUCUAGGGGCUAAUGAUCUAAGGAACACAGUUUCCAUUCUUCAAAUUAAUAUUAAUCAAUUUGAAUAAUUUGAAUUAUUUUAAGUGGUGCAAU